GCAGCGACAGCGACAGAGCAGCGACCAAAAAAAAUAACAUAAAUUGUGUAAAGUGCAAGAGGUUAUACGUUAUACAAAAGAACUAUAAGACGAAAAUCCGUGGAAGAGUAGAAAGGCUGGUCGAAUAUAUGAACAUAUAUAUUUGCAUAAGUAAAAGUAAAUUUUUUUGUUUUUGUUUGGAGGAUUUUUUAUUGUGUUGUUGGUGCAGCAGCAGCGCAACGCAGAAGUGAAAUCGAUAAAUAACGGCAUAACGAAGAACGUAAACAAGGCAAAGCAACAGAAUAACCCCGCAAACAAAACGCAACAACAAAACGUAUAGAUUUAAUGUCGCAGUUAAUUUGUGUGUUAGAAAGAAACAGCAAUAGCAAAAGCCACAGCAACAGAAACAACAACAACAGCAGCAGCAGCUGAGGCAGCAACAACAAAAAAUCAUAAACGAAAAACGUACGACGCAACCGACUGCGUGUGUGUGUGUGUGUGUGCAAGAGCAGGAUAGCCAGAAAGCCAUAGUGCGAGGCUACGUGUGUGUGCAAGCGAGCGAGCAAUAGGGCUCUACGUCGACGGCGGCGGUGGCAGCGACAGCGACAGCGACGACAACAACAAUUUUGACACAAUUUUAAAAAAAAACUUCAAGCGCUUUGCAGUUGAAAGUUUGUUUCUAAGCCCGACUUUUGUCUGCUCUUAAGAACAGAAAAAGAGCACAUUUGUGUGUGUUUCCCUCCCACACGCACACACACACACACACACACACACACACACUACAAACCGACCAUUUUACGGUGGGCGUGUCGUUAGUGACGCAGGCACUCUCCACUCUGCAGCACCCAAAAAAAAAACUCAAGACGCAGUUUUGGAUUGUUGCUGCCGCUGCCGCCUGCAACAACGGAUGAUAACAAACCCAACAAGACCAACAAAGAGCCACCAUCAUCUACUCUCUCGAUGAUCGCACCCCCUCCAACGAACAUCAACUAAUAAGAUCAAGGAAAACAACAACAGCGGAAAGGGAGGCAGAAGAAGCAGCAGCUGAAAACAUAUGAUUUUUGUUUGUGUUGUUGUUUUUGCGCGCGCUCUGCUGUUGCUGUUGCGGGGAACAAUUGGAAAGGGAACGCGCGAAUAGAAAGAGGGGAAAAAGAGUGAACGGUGCCAAGUGCCUGGCUGCUGAUUCAGACCAACGGACCACCACAAGGCAAGAAGAGUGGGUUGACGACAACAGUGCCAGAAGCAAAAGCAAAAGCAGCGCCGUGGGAAUAGAGAAGCAAUUGAGAGAGGCAGCAGCGCAGAGGCAGAGACAGCGCAGCGCCCAUUCCCAUUCCAGAUUGAACAGACAGGCUGUCUCUGCUAGGGGCUUCGACGCCGACGAGUAACAAGCGUAGCAGCCAGUAGCAAUAGCAGCAGUAGGUGGUUCCAACAGCUGACUCUGCUGCCAGUGUGCCACCCGCCACCCGCCACCGGCCACCCGACAACCGCAGCUGUGGAGAGCAGCGCCCGUAGAGGAGAGCCAGACAAAGAGUAACAAUCUAUACGACCCGAUAACCACAAAAAUCCCAUCCACAUCAUGUCCGCGGACUCGCCACGCCGCCAUCCGUCCGGCGUUGGCGGGGGCGGUGGCGGUGUCGGAGGAGGAGGAUUGCGAGGCGGCGGUGGCCUGGCUGUGCCGGCAAUAGUGCCGCCCCAGACGGUAUCGGAUCGCUCGAUACUGGACUCGGCCAUUGGGUUCAUCAACGAUGUCACCCUGGCCAAUCAGCCGGUGCAGGAUCCCAAGGACACGAUCACAUGGGCCCGCUUCGAGACCUGUGCGGACGUGAGUGAUCCCCGUUUCGGCGAUGACUGGGAGCUGGAGGGGAAUGCUGCCCCGCCGCUCCUCCUAAUCCUCGGCUAUGGCCUGGGGGUGCAGGUCUGGGCCAUACCCGCCAACGGGGAGGCCGUUGAAGUGCUGUCCUGGCGCCAUGGCGUCGUCACAGCCCUCCGAGUGCUGCCCACACCGGCCACGGCGGCGGCCCUUGACGAGAACGGGCGGGCCGAUGAACCAGUGGAUGCCUUUGCCGAGAAGCGACCCCUGGUUGCCCUCGUCGAUGGUGGCAGUGCGGCGGCAAGCGGCUUGCUGGCCGGCGUCGGCGGCGGCUCUGGCAUCGGUGGGGGCAGCGGCGGUGGGAUCAGUUCUGGCAGCGGUGGCAGUGCCUCUGGAAUGGCCCAAUUCAGUGCCGUCAAUUUUCUGUCGCUCAAGACGGGCGUUCAGGUGAAGACAAUCAAGUUCAAGAACGCGGUGCUCGAUAUCCAGGCCAAUCGGUCGGCGGUGGUCAUCACGUUCCAUGAAAGGAUCGCCGUGUUCGAUGCCCGCACCCUGGAGGAUCGCCUAACCAUCACAACCUGCUAUCCCAGUCCGGGAAUCAAUCCCAAUCCAAUUGCCCUGGGACCCCGGUGGCUGGCCUAUGCAGAGCACAAGCUGCUGCACUCCAAGCGCAGCGGCGGCGGCUGCGAUGGCGAGGGUGUGCCCAGCUAUACGGCCACUGUGCUGAAUGCGGCCAAAUCGCUGGGCAAGGGUCUGCGAGAGCUGGGCGAACAGGUGGCCGCCGGUCUGACUGGGGCCACGGCUGGCAGCGGUGCCAGCUCCAAGAGCAGCAGCUUCGAUUCGGCCAGCGGGGGUCCGGAUGCCAAGCAGUCCGGCGUGGUCACCAUUAUCGAUGUGAAGCAUCCUGUAAAGGACUACAGCCCCACGACGGGCACACCCUUGAGCUCGACAGGCGGCGCCCAGGCGGGCGGUGAUCCGAUUGUGGCCCAUUUUGUGGCCCACAGCGAGGCACUAGUGGCCAUGGAGUUUGACAGCUCUGGGAUGCUGCUGCUGACGGCCGAUCGACGCGGACACGACUUUCAUGUCUUCCGCGUGCAACCGCAUCCGGUGGGGCCCUGUCUGGCGGCAGUGCAUCAUCUGUAUGUGCUCCAUCGGGGCGAUACGAGCGCCAAGGUGCAGCACAUUGCCUUCUCGCUGGACUCGCGCUGGGCGUCUGUGUCCACGCUACGCGGCACCACCCACGUCUUCCCCAUAACGCCCUACGGUGGGGCCAUGGGCGCAAGGACGCACACAUCGCUGCAUGUGGUCAACAAACUGUCGCGCUUCCAUCGCAGCGCCGGCCUUGGGGCCGACGGACGCUCCAGCUCUCCCAUUUCGCACUCGGAAAGCACCACAUUUGUGCAGUCGCUGCAGCCGUAUCACAAUCCCACGCUUCCCCCCUAUCCGCGGCCGUCGGUGGUCCAGCCCCUGGCCCAGCUGCGACAGCCAUUUACCCUUGGUUCGCCGCCUGGUUCGGCUGGCGGCCUUGGGGGCGUAGUGGGUGUGGGGGCCGGCGUCGGCGGAGGUAUUGGUGUGGGGAGCCAUGGAGGCGGCAUCGGCGGUGGCAUCGGUGGCGGCAACAGCAGCCAGAGACAGCGACAGCGACUCUCCUCGCUGUCGGAUGACAGCGGAAAGCCAUUGAGCGUCUGCUCGAUAUUCGCCAAAUCGCGCUCCUGGCUGCUGGAGCCGCUGACGACAACAAGAGAGGCACCGCAUCGCGUCCAGCGCAAGGCCGUCGACUCGCUCUUCGUGAUGGCCGGCCAUGGAGCACUCAUCCAGUAUGAUCUGGACACGAAGUUACCCUCAAAUGUUGCCAAAGAGAAGAUUUGUGAUGACACGCCCAUUGAACUGGAGGUGGAGGCCCGAGCCCAAUGGAAUCUGGGGCGACGCAAGGAUGGAUCUCAUGAAAUCGUACCACCGCUGGCGCUAGACAAUUGGCUGAUCAAGGAUCGCCAUUGCAGCCUGCUGCUGGACAGUGCCCAUCAAUUCGAUGAGCCCGACGAGCGUGCCGAGAGCUGGUUGGCCCAGGUCGAGAUCAUAACGCAUGCGGGACCGCAUCGACGUCUCUGGAUGGGGCCGCAGUUCGUUUUCAAGAACUACAAUACGCCCAGCGGCUCAAAUUUGAAUCAUGUGGAUGCUGAGGCUGUGGAGAUAGGGGUUACAAAGACGACAACCACAACGCUUCCCUCAACGGCGGCUGCCUCGUCAACUGGCGCUGGUGUAGCCACCGGAGUGGCAGCCAAGGAGCGCUCGAGUCCCCUGAAUAUGCCACUGAGUGCGGCUGCCUCAUUGGCUGCGGCCUCUGGCGUGGGAAGCACUGCAGGUCGUACUGGCCCUGGAGUGCCGGUGCUUAUCGAAUCCGGUUCGUAUAGUAGCAUUGAGCAGAGCCCCAAGCUGAUGGAUCGCUUCCGGCAUGGCCACUUGGACUCGGACUAUGGGCAUGGCGAUACGCGGCUAAAGGAGGACCUGGCCGAUGCCAUGCGAGAGUCGCCAUCAAUGGCAGCCACAAGACGCGAAACGGGCCAGCCAUCAGGUUGUUCGGCCUCGGCUUCUGUGGCGGCAGCCUCCUCCUCCGUCUCGGCCAGCGACAAUGUCUGCUACUACGACGCCCUCGCCGAGCACGAGCAUCUGAACGAACCCGAUCCCGAUGCCGACGUGGACGGAGGAGGUGAGGCGCCGGACGAUGAGGCGGCUCUGGCGGCACCGGAGGCGCGGGCCCAGGCCAAGGUGGAGCGCCGCCACCUGAUCGAGCACAUGAGAUUGGGCAGCGACGGCAGCCCCGGCAGCAGCAGCAGCAGCAGCAUGGCCGCCCUGGCCUCGGUGCUGCCCAACAUCUGCAGCUACGAUUAUCCCACCGGAGGACAUCACUACAGCGGCGGCCAUUCCAGGAUCGAGAAGAUCGUCAAUCCGCUGGGAACGGUGACGGACGUGAAUGCGGGCAUCUCGGGGGAGCUGCAGACGGACAUGCUGGACGAGGUGGUGUGCCAGCUGGCCGCCGAGGAGAGCGUCAUACACGAGAACUGUGACGAGGCUCUCUUCCGGCCGGUGGUGGCCAUCUUCUGCAACGACCUGGUCGAACAGCGCAACCAUCAGCAGCAGCUGUUGCUCGCCAAGGAAGAGCAGGCCGCCGCUGCCGCUGGCUUGGGUCUGGGGUCGAAGGGCGGCGAGAAUGAUCACUGCAAGCCGCCGGUGGUGCUGGCCAACAAGCUGAUUGUCCCUGUCAUUGCCAAGGAGGUGGACGAGGUGCUUGUCCAAAAGGAGAAGCAAAAGUCACAGAGGUCCCAGCACCAAAAGGCGCAGCAGCAGAAGUCGCAGCUCAGAUCCCUUGCCGCUGCCGAAGAUGCGGCCCAGGCGCAGCGAUUUGCCGAGCUCUCGCAUCUCAACAAGCCCAAAGGAGGGGCUAAUCCGAGUCCCAGCAACAACAGCAAUAACAGCAAAACUGCCAGCAGUCAGAGGAGCGCCACAGAGGAGGCGGCGGAGAAGGAGGAGGAGAAGGAGGCCAGUGGUGGCAAGGCGUCCAAGAAAUCCAAGCCAGCCAGGCAGAAGAUGAUCCUCAACAACAGCAGCACCAGCAGCACCAGCACCAGCAAAGGAGCAGACAAGAAGCUGCCUUCAGUGGAAGCGGAAGCGAAGGAGAAGCUCAAGAAGCAGUCGAAGGAGUUGCAGCCGCAGAAUCGAUUGCAGGAUCUUGAUGAAAUAGUUGUAGUCAUGGAAGAGGAUGGGGAGGAAUCGGAGCCAGAGGCAGAGUCGGAUCAUGCCGAUAGUUUGCUGGCCAAUAAGAGCAGCAUUGCCGCUGUCAUGGUGAGCAGUGCCAGCGCCCAAGGAUUGAGUCUCCUUGUGGAGACGACCACUCAGACGGGGGAGGAUGAUACAGAGGAGGAGGAGGAGGCUGAAGAUGAUGAUGAUGUGGAGGAGGAGGAGGAGGAGGAGAAGAAGCCAGAAACCAUGACAAUCGAAAAAGAGAGACUCAAAGAGAAGGAGAAACUUCCAGGGAAGGAAAAGCUAAAGCUGGAAAAGGAGAAGGAGAAGCUUCGGGAGAAGGAGAUUAUCCAGGAGAAGCAGAAGCAAAAGGAAAAGGAGAAGCUGAAGCUGGAAAAAGAGAAGCAGCUCCAAGAGAGGGAAAGGGAGAAGGAAAAGGAAAAGGAGAAGGAAAAACUAAAGCUCGAGAGGGAAAAGCAGAAGCUGGAGAAAGAAAGGCUUCAAGAGAAGGAAAAGCUGAAGCUCGAAAAGGAAAAGCAGCUCCAAGAGAAGGAGAGAUUGAAGCUCGAAAAGGAAAAGGAGAAGCAGCUCCAAGAGAAGGAGAGAGAAAGAGAAAGAGAGAGGGAAAGGGAGAAGCUAAAACUCGAAAAGGAAAAGCUAGAACAAGAAAAGCUUCAAGCUAAAGAAAGGGAAAAGGAAAAAGAAAAAGAAAAGGAGAAGCUUCGUCUCGAAAAGGAAAAACUUCAGGAAAAGGAGAAGCUCAAAGAGAAGGAGAAACAGCUCCAGGAGAAGCUCAAGCUGGAAAAGGAGAAGGAGAAACUGCUCGAGAAAACCAAGGAAAAAGAGAAGAUCCCAAGCCAGGAGAAGGGCAAAGGCAAAGCAGCUGAGAUCUCUCCGCCAACCGCGAGCUACUGGGUAAAAGUGAUAGAGGAACCGGCCCCCAGCAAGAAACCUACUGCCGCCUCCACCGUGGCCACCGCAGUGGCCCAGUCCAGUCCCACUCCCAGUCCCAGUCCCUGGAAGAGAGUCGGAGUCGUCGGCGAUGACAGCGCCGCCAAGCAGGACUAUCCCACGCUGGGCAAGAAGCUGAGCAAGCCCAGCAGUCCGGAGAAGCUGGCCUCCGCCCCAGAGCCGAGCCCGUUCGCCAAGCCCCGAGCAGCCAAAGAGAACUUUGAGGACUUUCUGAGCGGAAUGGAGGCGCUGCCACCGCUGCCCGAUCUCGAGCCGCUCGAGGUGAAGGCGAGUGAGCCGCCGCACCUCAGCCCGGAGGGGGGGACGCCGCUCAGCCUGAUCAAUUUCGAGAGUCCGCUGCAGGAGAGUGCGACGGAUAUGCCGAUCAAGAUCACGCCGCCGCCACGGGGAUUCACCGAGAAGAACCUUGUGCUGGCCCUGUGCGGAUCCCUGCACUAUGAGGACGAGCAGGAUCGGCAGAGGGAUCGGCUCCGGGACCGGCAGCUGGAGGAGCCCAAAGUGGAACUGGAACUGAAGUCCCACCCGUACGUGUUGCUGAUGGCCGGAGAGGACCAACAGCAUACGUCGCUGGGCACUCAGAAGUCCACAUCCACGUCGAACAACUCAUCCGGCUCCGAGGAGAUCAUCCUCAUGGAGGAGCCAACCAGCAAGAAGCUCAGCAAGAAGCACAAACGAAUGAAGCAGCUCCAGCUCCAGCAGCAGCAGCAGCAGCGCGAGAAAGAGCGAGAGCGGGAGCGGGAAAGGGAGAAGGAGCGUGCCAGAGAGCGGGAGCCAGAGCCAGAAGAUGAGGAACUGCGUCCGCUUAUCAGCAUCAGUAUGUGCGACUCCCAGCUGGAGAGCCACUCGCCCAUUAAAGUGGCAAAGGCCAGUCGAACAGAGGAGCCUGCCGAUGCGGACGAUGAUGAUGAUGAGGAGGAGGCGGAAGCGGAAGCGGAAGCGGAGGGGGAGGACGAAGAAGAGGAGGAGCUGAGCCAAACACUGCCCGAGGAUUUGCUGCACUUUGGGAGCAGUGGCGUGGCGACCAGCGGCACCACCGCCACUACGAACACCGCAACCACCACAGACAGCGAGGGACCCAUCCCGGCCACCACAUCCGAUGACAAUCUCGUCUAUAGUUCAUCCGCAGCCGCAUCGCCCCCGCACAAGCUCAAGACCAAGAAGCUGGAGCAUAAAAUCAAUCUGAUAGCAGCCAUCGAGGCGGCCACCUCCUCGUCCACUUCCUCGGCGGAGGAGAGCAGCGUGGAGACGGCCGGUCCCAUCGGCAGUGGACCCCAUGCGGAUGCGAGCCCAUCGCCAGGCACGGCCACGGCCACCUCGGCCCCCAACUCUGGCGGUGCGUCAGCGAGCUCUGCCAUUCCCGCGACCGCAUCCAGCUCCUCCGUUGUGGGCCUCCAUGUGGGCUCCACUGUGGGCAUGGGCGUGGCCAGUCAGGCGAGUGCCACAAAGAAGAAGACGAAGCGGCGCAAGAGAUAAGAAUUAGUGAUUUGUUUGCUGUGCGUCUUCAGUCUUGUUGUGCUCUGGCAUCUGUAUGCAAGCCAAGAGAGAGUGGGAAGUACGAGUAUCAGUGCCCGUAGCAGUGCCAGUGCCAGUGCCCUCUUCCAGGAGCUGCAGGACCAGGAGCAAUCACCGCCACCACAGUCUGACACGGACCAGGACGAGGAUCAGCCGCAGCAGCAGCAGCAGCAGCAGCUACCGGUGAAAGACAUUGCCAGGGCCAAGUAGGAGCUAAGACAA